AUGGCCGGCGCCGUGGACCCCCCAUGGCCUCGCUCCUUCCGUCUGAAGCCAAAGCCCAAUGGCUCGCGGGUACUGUUCAGCCACGAUUGUUUCCAGGGUCCGCAAGAUCUACCCCCUGAGGUUCUUUACAGCGACAACUUGACCAAAUCCGAACAAUUGGCGCGCGACUUUCUCGAUGAGGCUGUCGUGGGCUUUGACAUGGAAUGGGUUUGGCCAGAGACAGAAGUUCUCAAGGGAAGAGUUGCGCUCAUCCAGGUUGCGAGCGAGAGCAAAAUAGCCUUGUUUCACAUCGGACGUCAUGACGGAGAUGCAGCCGAUCAGCUCAUUGCGCCGUCGUUGCGCACGCUCAUCGAGAGCCCCACUGUACUGAAGACUGGCCAAUCUAUUAUGGGAGAUUUCUACCGACUCAACAAGUACUUCCAACUACAACCGAAGGGCGCGAUCGAGCUGAGCUAUUUCCAAGUGUUGGUCAAUCCGGGCAGGCCAAACUUUAAUUCGUCCUAUUAUCCAGGAGGUCUCAGAGGUCUGGUCGAGAAGUACUUCCCGGGAUACACGUUGAAGAAAACUGAGCACAUGCACAAAGAUUGGCUGGCGCCGCUUGAAACAAACCAAGAGCUUAUACAGUACGCCGUUGCAGAUGCAUAUGCAGGACUUAUGAUCUACCAUCGGCUGAAUGCGUUACGACUGAACAUGCAGCCUUGUCCGCCCCUACCAGCACGGGUAGAAGAAACUAGGGCUUACAAAGAAUACACUUCGGGUGCUUUUCCUGAGCCCAAGCCAAUUUACUUGCAGUCCAUCCACCUGCAUGGCUCAAGUCGACAAGCUAGUUGGUUCUUUUCGAUGGAAGAAGAUGAUGAGGUGGCGACGGAACUUGAUACUGAUUCGAGAGCGUUGUACGACCGGCUGGUAGAGCUUCGUCAGAAGAUAGCGAAUGAGGAGGAGAUACAACCUGGCGAGCUCACUACUGACUGUACACUUCGACAUAUUGCCUCAACCCGGAUUGCGACAACGGACGAGUGCAUAAAGCUACGCGGGAUCUUUCCACAGCUGCGCAAAGUCUUAGCCAGAGAGUACGCUAAAGUGGUAAAUGCUUUCCAAGAGGAGAUCCAAAUUGCAGCGGCAAACCAGCAACCUGAACAUGGAUCUCCAAAAAUUGGUGAAGAUGCCAAAGGCACCGUCUCAGAUCCUCCCCAAAUGCCAGCGGAAGAGACCGGCCAGGCACAUACUGGACUUUCAUUCUCCAUGGCAGAAACUGGGAUCGCUACGGACGAGCAUACCGGCGGCGAUACCGAGCCUGAGAGCGAUGCCGACGAAACGAAUGAUGUUUCAGCAAUUCAUGCUUCAGCUGGCGUUGAACAAGAUCAAGACACCGACAACCAUAAGGAUGAUGCACCGUUAAAGCGAAAGCGUUCAACGAGCCCACAAAUCGGUCGGCAACCUCCCGCGAAGAGCUCCUAG